CUGUCCUUAAUAUUUUAGUCCAGUAUUGGUAAAACAUCUGGUUUCGGUGCUCGUGCUUCUGGGUGCCAGCUGCGCAGAACCUAAAUCAUUUGGGGUAUUGUUUUGUCACCCUUACCCUGCCCAUUGGGUCUUAUCUGUUAUACGUCUUAUCAAGCGGUUAUCUCUUCUCUGCGAAGACAUAUUGCGUUUUGUUUCCUAUCUGUAAUGGCGUGUGGUUUUUUGUAAUUAUGGAGAGGCUAUCUCGAGAGGGGAGGAUUGGGUUUUGACAUGGAUGGAUUCAACUCCUCUGGUCGUAGCGUUUGCGGUGGUUACAUUUCUAAUGGAUUAAUCAUCAACGACGACAACCUCACAAUUUUAUAGCCCUACGGUGUAUGGAAAGUGAUCCUGGAUGGACCUGGGCGAAAACAGCUGGUCCAUGGUCAAGCGAGAAGUGUCCAGCAGCCCAGGUUCACCGGCUGAACAGAAUUACUUACACGGCGGUCAGGACAGGAGGGACAGUAACAGCCACGCGCACGACUCGGAAGGGCUCAGGUCACCGCCGCCAACCGAUCAACUUGACUCAGUGGGACAUCGGCGCACCGACGGGCCAGGCAGAUCCUCUCUACACUCCUACGUCCACUUCGGACACGGACACCAUAACAACAACACAGCCCUUCCCACCCCAGAGGACAUCACGCUGUUCACGGAUUUAGAUCAGGGCAACAAACUCAUCAUCUCCAGUGGAGCGCACCCACACCAUAAAGGGGGCCUUAUUGUCGACCCCAGCGACAUGUAUCAAACCCUAGCCAUCGCGGCGGCCCACCAGAGCCAGGCGAGUUACGACUCAAGCUCUGGGGGCUAUAUGCACUCCAACACCAACUCCCCAGUGUAUGUACCGAGCUCCCGGGUGGGACCCAUGAUACCCAGCCUCCCUUAUUUGCAAGCCAGCGGGUCAUCUCAGCCCAGCCAUGCCGUCACCAGCCACUCAGUCUGGUCCCAGUCUACUCCGGAGAGUCCCUCCUACAGCACCGGGAGUCCUCAUACCUCCAACCGUUUCCACUAUCCUCCAAGCCCGCCCAUGAACAACGGGGCGCCCAGGGAUAACGGCUACAGUAACCUAAAUGUAAGCAGUCGAGACCAGUAUGGCCUCUCGCGGCCUCUCAGUGGAUCCUACACCAGUCCUUACUCCCCGUAUGUUGGACCGCAGCUAUCCCAGUUGUCCUCGCCUUGGCCUGGAGGACCAUUUGAUAACACCAUGUUGCACACGUUGCAAAGCAGAGGGGCGCCUUUGACGAUUCGAGGACCCAAUGGAGAUCUUCUGGACGACCUCGGAGAGAGCAGGGAAUGCGUAAACUGCGGCUCCAUCUCAACGCCACUUUGGAGGCGCGAUGGGACGGGCCACUUUCUUUGCAACGCUUGCGGCCUGUACAGCAAAAUGAAUGGACUGAGCCGACCAUUAAUUAAACCACAGAAGCGGAUGUCAUCAUCCCGACGAAUCGGUCUUUCCUGUGCCAACUGUCAGACAAGCACAACCACCUUGUGGCGCAGAAACGCGGAGGGAGAGCCGGUGUGCAACGCAUGUGGUCUCUACACAAAACUACACGGAGUACCUCGGCCGCUCGCAAUGAAGAAAGAAGGAAUUCAGACAAGAAAAAGAAAACCUAAAACGUUGAACAAAACCAAGGGAUCCUCUGGGAACAAUUCUGUCCCCAUGACUCCAACGUCAACGUCUUCUUCUAACUCUGAAGAUUGCUCGAAGAACAGCUCUCCGAACACGCAGGUCCAGCCCUCUGUCCUGAGUGGCCCAGUGGAAGGCUCAGGUUCUGGUGGCUCUGCUGUGGUCAAAUACCCAGGCCAGGAUGGCCUCUACACCAGCGUGGGCCUCAGCCAGUCUGUCGACGUAGCUGUUUCAGUCAGGGGAGAAACCUGGUGUCCUAUGGCUCUUGCCUGAGUCACCAAGCUCGGGGAUGAAACCCCCCAGCCCAUUUCUCUCUCUCUCUCUGUCUCUGGAUAUCCCGCUGCUGCAUAGAGGAAGUAUUCAGUGCCUCACUGGUUCUGGAUGUAUUUCCUGCUACCUGCUUAUAACUGUUGGACAGAGACAGAAACCACUCACCUCCACACCCCCGCAAGUUUGAUGCAUCCAUGGAAUAUUUGCGAUUGAUUUCCAGAAUGGUGUGAGAAAGCCAUAGCUCCUUAACACAAAGGGAAAUAUGUGAGAGGAGGCCCAUUAAUGUAUUCUGUUAGUCUGCAGUUUGGAUGCUUUCUGGACCGAAGUGCUGUGCACUCAACAUCUCUGUCUGUCUCAGUCUCUGUCUCUCCCAACCAUGGAGGUGGAUCAAAUGUUCUUUGUUGUCUAAAAUGAAGAAAUAUGUACAUAAUGUUAUGGAUUUCCCCCAAGACAAAGCGGAUAUUAGAGCAUGAUAUAAAAAAAAAAAACACCUGCACCAAUCCUAAGAAGAACAUUCUGCUAAUAUUUUUCGCAACUGGAAUCAAUCUAUCAAGUUACCAAGACAACCUUCCUGAAUCAAGAGAAAGUAUUUAUUAAUCUUCCAUUGCUGAAAAAAAUGACUAUGAUUGUUAAAUAAAGAUAUGGAUAUAGAGUAGAACUGAAACAAAAACAGCCUUUAUGAUUUAUUAUUUUCUCUUUCUCUUGUUGAGUUAAUAAUUGUUAACAGUGACUGUCAAUCUGCGCAUUUCCACUGAUGGCUCUUACUGUAUCUAAAUGAAUUGCUUAUGGUUUUAAACAGGGUGUCAAAGACUACUAUAUCCUGUCGGCCAAUUUUUUAAAUUUUAUUAUUUGCUACAUUCAACAAAUAAUCAAAAACUUUAUCCUUUUGAAAUUACAAUAGUGGUAACUUCUUGGUACUAUUUUUAAAGAAAUUGGUAGAGGUAGGCUUUUCUAAGGUGAAGAUAAAAAAGAGAACAUAUUUGCAUACUCCUUGACAUGUACAACAGCUAGCUAAGUACUGUUUGAACAAAUGGCACCAAAAUCAUUUUAUAGAUGCAUCUUUUUGUUACAACACAAAAGAGGACUGCUGCAAUAUUCCUAGUUGCGACAAAAACUACCUAACUGAUAUUAACUGUAUACAUUCACAGAUGCUAAUGCAUUUGAUUUUCACAAUUACUUUAAACAAUGCAAAUGCUUAAUGUUAAUAAAUGAACAACCUCAGUGGAUUUGAUACAUUGCUAAAUUGCCCCUAAAUUGUUUUCGUUUGAUAAAAGAGUAACAUCUGUUUCUACAACCCACAGCACACAUUGUCAUAAAACAGAAUUAGUCAGUGAGUAUAAUGUUACACAGUGACUACAUGGCGACGAAUGUGUAGUUUCAAUGGGGAUUCAUCUGAAGAGUGACAUGUCAACAGUUAUAAGUGUAAUGUGAAAAAUAUGUUAUAAAGAUUGAAAACCUUUCAAAGGUUUCAAAACAUAAUUAUAAUAUGAUAAAUUACUGUUUUAUUUUGUUUCACUUAACACACAACAAAACGUGUAAUACAUUUUUUUUUAUUUAAGAGAGAUCAGGUCCGUUGUUAAUUUUUUAGAUGUUUAAUCUGAAUAUGACUUUCCUAUUCAAUACACAGAUCCUGCUGUACUGUAUGGCUCCCUCUCCUCUUCUAGGAGUGCAAGUGGUGCCUCCUCUGCAGAACUCUCAGUGGAACCAUUUUAGGGCCAGAGAAAUUCCUCUAGCUUUCAGUGGAAUGUUCAUUUCAGUGGAAUUAAUCUGAAGGUCAUUGUGAAACUGCUGUUUAAAGUGCAUUUCAGUUUCACCAUCAGGACUGUUCUGCUGAAACACGUCCUGAAAAUAAUUUUUUAUUUAGUUAUUUAUUUUUAAAAAUAUCAUGUUUAUGAAUUGGAUUGCUUUUCCUAUUUUAUGAUUUGGAUAUUUGUAUUUCUUUGGUUGGUUGUUUUGUUCAUUAAACCGUUUUCAGUAAUCCUAUUUAAAUCUUUGGAAUAAAUUGUUCUGAUGAUGUGUGAAUUUGGAAUAAUUUCCCCUGUCUUAGAAUAUAUAUGAAGGAAAAUUACACACUGUGCUUAUGUGUGUUAUAGUGGUAUUUGAUAGGUCUUGCAGCAAAUGGAAUUUGUACAGUUUUCACUCCAUCUAAACAUGUGCUGUGAAGGUACAUUGAACCAUUUUGAGGUUUUGACAUUUAAAUAACCAGCUUUAUUUGUUUAAUAUUCAGACAUUUGUUGUGUGUUAAAUUCACAUAUAAAAUAAUUGUCAUUAAUAUUUCUAACAUAAUUCCUUCACCACUUGAGUCAGGAAGGUUUGAUAAAAGCUAGGACCAAUAUUGAGAAGUAUAACCCAACCAGGUAAUUCAAAACCUGAUUGCUGAUUGGCUAAAAGCAGUGUUAUUUGAGAUGAAAAAUAUAUUUUUACAGUUCCAAUUGCAUUAGCAACAGAGUUAUUAGAGCAAUAAGGCUUGUGGGAUAUUGUCAGUACACCACAGCUAAGGGCUCUAUGAUGGCAUUCCAUGUUGCAUCAUGCCUAAGAAUAGCCAUUAGCUAUGGUUUACUGGCCAUAUAUCACACCCCCUCUGGCAAUAUUGCUUCAUUAAAGCUUACUUUUCAGUAUUUUUAAAAAAUUGAACUGCUAUGAAGAUUUCUUCAAAAUACGUGUUGGAAUAAUAAACCAAACCAAACAUU